AUGGAAGGAUUAUUGAUACAAUGUCUAGUUGAUAUUAGGAAUGUUCAUUCUAGAUCAUUGGGUACACCGAUGCGUUUACGAGACUUAAUCCGUCAAGUGCGUGCAGCACGAACAAUGGCUGAAGAACGUGCAGUGGUUGAUCGUGAGAGUGCAAAUAUUCGCGAGACAUUUCGUGAUGACGAUAGCCCAUGGAAAUGUCGUAAUAUUGCCAAGCUGCUUUAUAUUCAUAUGCUCGGCUAUCCUGCUCAUUUUGGUCAGAUGGAAUGUAUGAAGUUGGUAGCACAGCCGCGAUUUACUGAUAAGCGUAUCGGUUAUUUGGGUGCCAUGCUAUUACUUGAUGAACGCUCCGAGGUGCAUCUGCUCGUCACAAAUUCACUGAAAAAUGAUCUGAAUGCAUCAACGCAAUUCGUAACUGGUCUUGCACUUUGCACUCUUGGCUCAAUUUGCUCAUCGGAGAUGUGUCGAGAUUUGGCCGGUGAAAUCGAAAGGCUCAUCAAGUCAAGUAAUACUUACAUCAAGAAGAAGGCAGCACUGUGUGCAUUUCGAAUCGUUAGAAAAGUACCGGAAUUAAUGGAGAUGUUUAUUUCGUGCACGAAGGCAUUGAUUAAUGAAAAAAAUCAUGGAGUGUUGAUGGGCGGUAUUACAUUAGUGACUGAAAUGUGCGAAAGAAGUCCUGAUGUGUUGAAUCAUUUCAAGAAAUUAGUGCCAAAUCUAGUUCGUAUCCUCAAGAAUCUUCUGAUGAGCGGUUACUCUCCAGAACACGAUGUGACCGGUAUUAGCGAUCCAUUUUUACAGAUUAAAAUUUUAAAAUUGCUGCGUAUUUUGGGACAAGAUGAUGCGAAGGCAAGUGAAGAAAUGAAUGAUAUCCUUGCACAGGUUGCAACAAACACAGAAACAUCUAAGAAUGUUGGUAAUGCAAUUUUAUACGAAACUGUGCUCACAAUUAUGGAAAUUCGCAGUGAGAGUGGACUGCGUGUUCUAGCGGUCAACAUUCUCGGAAGAUUUUUGCUCAACCCAGAUAAGAAUAUUAGAUACGUUGCGUUGAACACACUUUUGAAGACAGUAACGAUCGAUUAUAACGCUGUACAACGUCAUCGAACCACAGUGGUUGAUUGCCUUAAAGAUCCUGACGUAUCCAUACGCAGGAGAGCCAUGGAGUUGUGUUUCGCAUUGAUCAACAAAACCAAUAUAACAAAUAUGACUAAAGAAAUUCUUAUCUUCUUGGAGACUGCCGAUCCCGAGUUCAAGGCGGAAUGCGCAUCCAAGAUGUACGUUGCCACUGAGAAAUUCUCGCCCAAUUACGUUUGGCAUCUGGACACAAUGAUCAAAGUUUUGAAAUUGGCGGGUAAUCACGUGCCUGAUGAAGUGGUGUCGUGUAUGAUUCAGCUUAUCUCAUCACAUGCUGAAUUACAACAGUACGCUGCAGUACAGCUGUAUCGAGCUGCACAAGCUGAUGUCAUGAAUGCACAGCCUCUUUUGCAGGUUGCUUUUUGGACGAUCGGAGAAUUUGGCGACUUCUUAUUGCAAACAAAUGAAGAUGACGCGGUUAGAGUUGACGAAGGUGACGUUGUUGAAAUAUUCGAACGCAUUCUACCGAGCACGUUGACAAGCACAAUCACAAAGUCGUAUGCGAUGACUGCACUCGCAAAAUUGGACACCAGAUUUACUUCUACAAACGAACGUAUUCGACAUCUGAUCGCAACGAAUACGACACAUUUAAAUUUGGAAUUGCAGCAGCGAUCUGUGGAAUUCGCUCGUCUUCUCGGUUAUAACGAACUCAAGUACGGUCUCUUGGAACGUAUGCCAAUAAUAGCGCACAAUUCGUUGAACGCUGCUGCACAACCCAUUGAAUCAGACACGGUCACGUCGUCUGGUACUGACGUUAACAGUACAGCUGAGAAUGAAAACGCUGAACCGUUGGUCUUAUACGAUUUUGCUGCGUCAAAUACAUCCGAUCAAUUUGCAUCGCCAGCUAAAGACGCGUUCCAUUCGUUGGAUGUAGCGGAGACGAGUAACACACAGAACACAUCUUCUAUUGCUGCAACAACUAUUGGUGAUCUUCUUGGCUCUGGCCUUAACCUGGAAGGUAUCACCGGUAACGAUUCGAAUAAAAGGGCACCGGAUGCUAAUGAAACAAAUGCCAAUUCGAUCACAUCGGAUCCGUUCGAUAUCUUUGCAUCGUUGUAUGUGAAAUCAUUUUAUUCGUCGAUACGAACACUUUUUAUUGGCAGAGAUUCAAAGCCACAGUCGAAACCAACGCAGCCGUCAACAGUGGCAAUCAAUUCGAAAGGUAUCGAAGGUAUUCUCUACGUUGAGAGCGAUUUCUCGGACAAUAAACCAGCUGUUCUUCGACUGGUUGCAACCAACAAUAAUCCUGCCAACGUUGAAAAUUUCAAUUUUCAAGUGGCUGUCACUAAAGCUUAUCAGAUUGAGCUGAUGCCCCCUUCAAGUGCAACGAUAUCUGGUAAUGGGCAAGGUUCAUUGAAAAUGCGAAUCAAAACGUAUUAUACAAUCAAUGGUCAACAGCAGCUCAUCGAAGCAAUGGUGCCUAAGAUUGCGGGCCUCAGUUGA